AUGCACCCCCCAAGAAACCUCGCCAUCGCCCAGUGGCUCCUCGCUGCCAUCACUGUCCUUUGGGCCACAACAACGUGCCGAUCUCUGUGCAGCGGCCUCGCGCACGCCCCAUUGCUCGACAUUGUCGCCGAUCACGGCUCGGCGGCAGCAGUGGUGACCACGAUCGACGUCGAGGGCGUGUUCGAGGCAGCGGCAGGCUGGCGGCCCGCACUCGGCGAUGAGGCGCCAUCAUCACGGCGACUGCCCGCGCCCGCCGCAGCGGCCCCCGCGACGCCAGCGAGCCCCGGCAAGGCCACGGGGCCGCUCGACCCACAUCUCGCCCAAGUACUGCGCGGCGCACCGAGGCGCAACCGUAGUCCCCGGCCUCAACAUCACCAGGGCAAAGCCCGUCACCACCGCAACAGCGCUGCCAGGAGCGCGGCAACCCGGCCCACCGCCCACGCCAGCACCGAGGGAUACCCCGCCAACGACGUGCUCGUGCCCCCUCCCGUGCCGUCGUGGACUUGA